AUGACCUCACCCAAUAUCGUUCUUGUCACUGGUGGAAACGGUGGGCUUGGCUACGAGGUUGUGAAAGCUUUCUAUGAGUCUGACAAGGCAUACCGCAUUUUCAUGGGAAGUCGAUCCCUAGACAAGGCAAAGGAGGCAAUCAAGAAACUAGAAGAACAAUGCCCUGGAGCUACCAACACCGUCGAGAUCGUCCAGCUGAACCUUACCAGUGAUGAGUCUAUUGAAAGGGCCUUUGCCCAGGUUCAGACCGACGUGGGGUACAUUGAUACUCUGGUCAACAAUGCCGGAGCGACCUUCGAUCUCGAAUACCUCGGCGGUCGUGUCUCACUCCGGGAGUGCUUCAACAAAGCCUACGACGUGAAUGUAGCCGGUACGCACGUCAUGACCGCAAAAUUCAUCCCCCUUCUACUGAAAUCCACCGAUCCGCGUCUGAUCUUCGUGACCGGGCUAUCGAACAUCAACCAAGCCGGCGAAAAGUACUUUCCCACUCCACCACAACCCGCAGGCUGGCCUAAGAAGAUUGAGUUUGAAACUAUUGGAUAUCGAUGCAGCAAGGCAGCGCUAAAUAUGCUCAUGCUGGACUGGAACCAUAAGCUGAAGGCGGAUGGGGUGAAGGUUUGUUGCGUUGCACCCGGAAUGCUGGCUACCAAUUUGGGUAACGUGCCCGAGAAGGCCAAGGAGAUGGGGGCUAAGCAUCCUAGUAUUGGUGGGCGGUUGAUUAAGAGGGUUGUUGAAGGGGAGAGAGAUGAUAGUGUGGGUAAGAUUGUGUGUGCGGCGGGGAUUAUGCCGUGGUGA